CCGGGGCCUGGGGCCGGCCCUGCCACCGCCGCCAGGGUCAGGGCAGGGCCAGGCCGGGCCGAGCCGGCAGUUUCGCUUUGGCGGGCGCGGAGCAGCCGCCUCGGCCGGGCCGGAGGAGGAGGAGGAGGAGCCGGGCCGCAGAGCCGCAGCGUCCCGGGCCGCCGGCCACCUGGGAGGUAGCCCUUCCCGCUGCCGCCCCCUCCCCGAUUCCCACCGGCCGCAGCUGCCUGCCGGGGGGUAAGGGGCGCUGCAGCGAGCCCCCAGGCGUGAGGGGAGGGCGGGAAGAGGAGCCCGGGGUCUCCGGGCCCACCCGCGCCGCGCGUCCCCCGAGGGUGGGGGCUGCGCCUGCGGGGUCAGACACCUGUUCGGCCUGGCCCGGCGUGGUGGCCCGGGGCCAGGAUGAAAGUGACCGUGUGCUUCGGCCGGACUGGCAUCGUGGUGCCCUGCAAGGAUGGCCAGCUGCGCGUCCGGGAGCUCACCCAGCAGGCGCUGCAGCGGUACCUGAAGACCCGGGAGAAGGAUCCUGGUUACUGGGUGAAGAUUCAUCACUUGGAAUACACAGAUGGAGGAAUCCUGGAUCCAGAUGAUGUCUUGGCAGAUGUUGUUGAAGACAAAGAUAAGCUGAUUGCUGUGUUUGAAGAACAAGAACCACUCCACAAGAUUGAGAGCCCCAGUGGAAACCCUACAGAUCGGCAAAGCCCAGAUGCUUUUGAAACAGAAGUGGCUGCCCAACUGGCUGCGUUUAAACCAAUUGGUGGGGAAAUUGAAGUGACCCCUUCUGCUCUGAAACUAGGUACUCCACUGCUGGUGAGGAGAAGCAGUGACCCAGUGCCAGGCCCACCUGCUGAUGCUCAGCCAAGCGGGUCACACCCUGGUGGCCAGAGUCUCAAACCUGUUGUUCCAGAUUCCAUGCAGAACUUGGAAGACAGAGAAGUUAUGAAUGGUGUACAGACAGAACUACAGACAUCGCCCAAAAUUAAGGAUGCAUUAAGUAAUAUGACAAGAACAGUAGAGAUUUCUGGGGAAGGAGGCCCGUUGGGAAUACAUGUAGUGCCCUUCUUUUCAUCUCUGAGUGGAAGGAUUCUAGGACUCUUCAUCCGAGGCAUUGAAGAAAACAGCAGGUCCAAGCGGGAGGGACUAUUUCAUGAAAAUGAAUGUAUCGUAAAAAUCAACAAUGUGGAUCUUGUAGACAAAACCUUUGCUCAGGCUCAAGAUGUCUUCCGUCAGGCGAUGAAGUCCCCAAGUGUGGUCCUCCAUGUGCUUCCACCUCAAAACCGUGAACAGUAUGAAAAAUCAGUCAUUGGACCCCUUCACGUUUUUGGUAGCAAUGAUGGCGUUUUGAAAACAAAGGUGCCACCUCCCAUCCAUAUAAAAUCUGGACUAAAGACAGUUAAUCUCCCAGGAACAAAUAGUCCUGAAACAGAUGCAUCAACUUCUCUGCAACAAAACAAGAGUCCCCGAGUACCAAGACUUGGAAGAAAACCAUCCUCUCCCUCACUCUCCCCUCUCAUGGGAUUUGGCAGCAAGAAAAAUGCAAAGAAAAUUAAGAUUGACCUAAAGAAAGGCCCUGAAGGACUGGGUUUCACUGUGGUUACCAGAGAUUCUUCCAUACAUGGUCCUGGUCCCAUUUUUGUAAAAAACAUUUUACCAAAAGGAGCAGCAAUAAAAGAUGGACGCCUGCAAUCAGGAGACAGAAUUUUGGAGGUAAACGGAAGAGACGUCACUGGGCGAACGCAGGAAGAGCUCGUGGCCAUGCUCAGGAGCACCAAGCAAGGAGAGACGGCAUCGCUGGUCAUCGCCCGCCAGGAGGGAAAUUUUCUGCCCCGAGAGCUGAAAGGAGAACCCGACUGCUAUGCACUCUCCCUAGAGACAACUGAGCAACUCACCUUUGAGAUUCCCCUGAAUGAUUCAGGCUCUGCUGGCCUUGGGGUGAGCUUGAAAGGGAACAAAUCUCGGGAAACUGGAACGGACUUGGGAAUUUUUAUCAAGUCCAUCAUCCAUGGAGGCGCUGCUUUUAAGGAUGGUCGUCUGCGAAUGAAUGACCAGCUGAUUGCAGUUAAUGGGGAAUCGCUUUUGGGAAAGUCCAACCACGAAGCUAUGGAAACACUUAGACGAUCCAUGUCCAUGGAAGGAAAUAUACGAGGGAUGAUUCAGCUGGUGAUUCUGAGGAGGCCAGAGAGACCGAUGGAGGAGCCUGCAGAGUGUGGGGCAUUUUCCAAGCCAUGCUUUGAGAACUGUCAAAACGCUGUAACCACCUCCAGGCGAAAUGAUAAUAGUACACUGCAUCCAUUUGGCACUUACAGUCCACAAGACAAACAGAAAGACCUAUUGCUUCCCACUGACGGAUGGGCUGAGAGCGAAGUACCACCUUCCCCACCGCCACAUCCUGGUCUGGAAUUGGGCCUUGAAGAUUACAGCCACAGCUCUGGGGUGGAUUCAGCAGUAUUUUUUCCGGAUCAGCACAUCAACUUCAGAUCUGUGACACCGGCCAGGCAGCCUGAAUCAAUUAAUCUGAAAGCCUCGAAGAGCAUGGACCUUGUGCCAGAUGAAAGCAAAGUUCAUUCACUGGCUGAACACAAAUCGGAAUCUCCAAGCAAAGAUUUUGGUCCAACUCUGGGUUUGAAAAAGUCCAGUUCCUUGGAGAGUCUGCAGACCGCCGUGGCCGAGGUCAGGAAGAACGAACUUCCCUUCCACAGGCCCCGACCACACAUGGUUCGGGGCCGAGGCUGCAACGAGAGCUUCAGAGCAGCCAUAGACAAAUCUUACGAUGGACCCGAAGAAUUCGAAGCUGACGGGUUGUCUGAUAAGAGCUCUCAUUCUGGCCAUGGAGCUCUGAAUUGUGAAUCUGCCCCUCAGGGGAACUCUGAGCUACAGGACAUGGAAAAUAAAGCCAGGAAAGUCAAAAAAACGAAAGAGAAGGAGAAGAAAAAGGAGAAGGGCAAGUUGAAAGUCAAGGAGAAAAAGCGCAAGGAGGAGAACGAAGACCCAGAAAGGAAAAUGAAGAAGAAGGGAUUUGGUGCCAUGCUGAGGUUUGGAAAGAAGAAAGAGGAUAAGGGUGAGAAGAGUGAGCAGAAAGCCCCUCUGAAGCGUGGUGGCCUGAGAGAAGAGGAGCUUGAGAGAAUGAAAGAAGAGCGCGAAAGGAUUGGAGCAAAACAUCAGGAGCUAAGGGAGAAGCAGGCAAGAGGUCUUGUCGAUUAUGCUACUGGUGCAAUCGGAUCAGUGCAUGACAUGGACGAUGAUGAAAUGGACCCCAAUUACGCCAGAGUGAACCACUUUCGGGAACCAUGUGCAUCAGCAAAUGUCUUUAGGUCUCCGUCUCCUCCUAGGGCUGGGCCAUUUGCUUACCCUCGGGAUGGCCGUCCACUGUCUCCAGAGAGAGACCACUUAGAGGGUCUCUAUGCCAAGGUCAACAAGCCAUACCAUCUACCGGCUCCAGUUGACAGCAUCCGUCCCUCAGCUGGGAGCACCGACCGCAUCCAGAAGUUGCGGAAGGAGUAUUAUCAGGCCCGGAGGGAAGGCUUCCCUUUAUACGAGGACGAUGAAGGAAGAGCAAGGCCGUCUGAUUAUGACCUUCUCUGGGUUCCAGGAAGAGGUUUCCAGGUAAAUGGCCCCAGUCUGAAAAAAGAAGGGACAAGAAAGAAAUAUUCUAUCCCACAGGGCAGGCCAGCAGACCCCGCAGACUACCUGAGCGCAGCAGCUCGAGGGCUCUACAAGGAGAGGGAGCUUCCGUACUACCCAGGGGCUCACCCCGUGCAUCCUCCCAAAGGGAGCUACCCACGGCCCCCGGAUCUGAGGGCGGCAGACCUCCGGUAUCCUCAGUACUACCCGCCCCCGCCAGCCCCCCAGCACAAAGGACCCUUCCGACAGGAUGUCCCGCCUUCCCCUCCUCAGCACCAAAGAGUGCCGGCCUAUCAGGAAAUGGGCAGACCAGGGCCCCGAGGCGGCAGCCCAGACCAGUACCCCUACCGGCCCCAGGACCCCCGGCAGAAGAACCCCAUGACUGCGGCUGUAUAGCUGAUCGCCGCCCAGGCCAGCCCAGCCCAGAAAGGAAGACGUGGACGGCCACCUUUGCCCUUUCUAGACCCCAGUGCCUCCUACCCGUAAAGAAUUCUCCAUGGUACAAAUUAGCUUUUUCCUGCUGAGAUUGCAACACUUGACUGCUAAUCAGAGGGGGGAAAGGAAGGGCAGAGGGUUUGGGGGGGUAAAAAAUCAGAAGGAAGAAGAAGAACGGGGCCAUAAAAACAAUACUACCUGAUAUUGGAAAGGCUUUCAGAAUUUUUCAACUCGGUGAGAGUGGCCACUGAACAAGCAGCUAGCAGUGGAGCCAGACCACACAGUGCCUCCCGGCCAGAGAACCUGGCCCACGCCCACACAUGCACACACCCCCCACAGGAGUGGCAGGACAGACACGGUCUCUGCCGGGCGGCAGCAUCCAUUCGAGGCUCAGCCUCAGCUGCUUAUUAGAGCUGCUAAGUCAGAGGAGUGGCAGAGUAGACAGUCUGCAAUGUAGGCAUCUUAAGUGAGUAUAGGUAUUUUUUUUUCUUUUUUUUCUGUUUUUGGUUUUUUUUUAGUAUUGAACAAAAAACAACAGCAAAUAUGACUUGUGGUCUCCUUGAAAUUUUUUAUACCCAAAGGAAGACUGCAUUUCCUUAUUUGGAGAAUUUCUCAGGUUCCUGAUACCACUCAUUUGAUAUAAACAUUACACAUUUCCUUGCUUUUGAUAUAAAAGUCAGUGCAAUGUGAAUGCAGUAUUAGUGUCCUGGGAGAAUGUGCAAAGCCAGUCAGAGCUUCCAGAAGGAAUAUAUCCUGAGGACCUAGGUGAUGAGGUUAAGAGGGGUGAACCUCCCGUGGUCCUCACCUUCCUUCCUCCUGAGUCCCAGGCAUAGAGGUAUCUGGUUUCAGAGCCAGCCCCAAAUCUCCUGCCUGUAAUUAUGUUAACUGGGGCCUCUACUUUAAGGUUCCCACUUGAGAGCUAAAGUGUGCUUAGGCAAAAUAGAGCCCGCUGUAAGGUCGCACAGGAAGCAGUGCCCUAGAGAAGCCAAUUCCAGACUCAGUGCCAAACAGUACCCAUCUACACGCAGGACAGUGAGGAGCUGGCCAUGGCCUUUGGAAAUUGAUGGCCAUCAGGUAGUAGAAGGAAGUGAAUGAUCGUGUGUGUGUGUGUGUGUGUGUGUGUGUGUGUGUGUGUGUUUUCAAACACACGUGAUUACCAAUAUGGAGAAUGGAAGAUUAAAAAUGCUUUCUGGAAAGUUUGAUAAAGAAGGAAAAAGAAAUGGAGGGGAAGGGGAAAGAGGUGUAAGACUAGAUCAUUCUGUGUCUGCUAUAUUUCAUUAACAAAAGUCAGGGCAAGACCAAGGUCUCCAAUUGGGAAAGGAUGGUCUUAAGGCUUUGAAAAGCUGAAACCCCACCCUCUAAGUAGAACAACCCCGUGGGAAUUACUUUGGAGCUUUGCAGCAGUUUUUUUACAAGAACAAAACAUCUGAAAUUUACAUCCUGCCCUAAAUGAGUAUACAAGCAAAAGACUGACAACAAAACCUGAGCAUCAGUUUGAAUUGCUCGGUGACUCUUAAAAUACGUUAAGUCUUUUCAUAUUCCUCUUUCAUACCCUCUCAAAAAAAGUCUUGAGUUCAAUUUAGAUAUAUUCUGGCUGAGAUUAGAAUACCUCUAACUGACAGGGUUUAAUAAAUUAUAGUAUUAUUGAACACAUAGAGCAUCCAUCCAGCCCAGUUUAGUUUUUUUUUUUUUUAAUUUAAAAUAGAGUUGUGUUACCAAGAAUGAUGCCUAUGCUAGUUUUAGAUGUAAAUAGUGUUAUUUACUGGACUCGAAGAGAGAUCAUUUUCCAAACUACAGUUCACUCUGACCCUCUUGAGAAUAGACUGUCAAGUUGGUUUUUGUCCUCUGUCAUCUCUCUUAAGUCAGGCACCUUUAGGUUGUUUGCAGUUUGUUCAAUGAGGUUGAGGAUCUGAGGCUGUGCUCACCUGAAGGGAGAACAGGUGAGCCGUAGGGUUUCCCUGCCAACGUGCUGAAUGCUACCUUCCCCUCAAGCUAAAUAAACUUCAAAGAAGAAAAUGAGGGAAAUGAGGGAAAUGUUAACUUGUUUGAAGCAUUAAAAAUCAGCUCUCAGUAUGUUCCAUAUUUUAACCAAAUUUUUGUAGAUUUCUCAACAUAACCAAGCCAGAAGGCUCCUUCUGGAUCAGGCUAGGACCACGUGAGGGGUGGCCAGGGUGGUGGUGUAGAACUCCGUGCUUUGGAGGGGUGGCCCUUGCGGAAAGGAUGCCCGUGUCUUCACCUGCAGUGUUGCCAUCUCGCGGGCACAGUGCCUUCCACACACAGGCUCACAGUGAGCUGCUCCAAAGCACGGUUUUGUGUUGUAUACACAGUCAGUAACAUAGUGGCUAAUCCCAAGGAGCAGGCAGUGAUGUGAAGGCACUAUUGAAGUGAACAAGAAAUAGAUUAUAGCAGUUUUCUUUUCUUGCUUGAAAUAUAACUCACGCUCCAUUUGAUCCUGCCCGAAAGAAGUGAACAUUACAUUUGUGACAGAGGCUCCAUCAAGCCAAGCAACAAUUAAGAAUAGCUCCUAUGUAAGCUUUAUAAAUGCCUGUGCACUAACCCUCCAAUUGUCACCACCCAGAGGUUACAGGUCUCUUUCCCAGUGUUUAGAACAGGUUGUUUAGAGUAUUUAGAAGACCAGGAUAUAAUCAGUGAUGCCCAGGAGCAGAAAAUUAUUCCCUGCUUAUUUAUGGUCUUGGGAAAACUCAAUCAAGUGUCUCCUUACAGCUCACAACUCUAAUAGCCCCCCUGGAAUAGAGAGACCAUUAAGUUAUUAUACAAACCCAAUCAACAUACACAGCCCGGCUGCAGAUCUAACUACUGAGUCAUUUGGGCCUCAAGUCACUAGAUAUUUUAUAAGGACCCCUGUUUUUCUCCUGUUUUGCAAUAGAGAGAUGAAAGAGCAGACCAUUGAAAACUUUUAGAUGCAGGAGAAUUCAGUCCUCUGCAAGGGAGAGAAACACAACAUCUCAUUGAUCCAUUUUGUCACUGAGCUGUGGCACUAUCACUCUUAGUAUAGUAUUGUUUCCACAUAAUACCAAAUCAGUGGAUGAAAGGCAAGCUCAAAAACAACUCUUAAAUCAUAAUUUAGUAGCAAGCAGAAAUUGGAAAAAAAAUUAUUCUGAAGCUCUUCGUUCUUAGAUUUUUAGGUAUAUAUGUGUUGCCCACCAAGGAUAGCAUGGAGCAAAAAUCUUACAGUCAAGAGCAUGGUAGAGCACAGACCGACUGUCACCUGUGGAGGAAGCCCUGUGCAAAUCUCCUGACAGAUUAGAGGCUUCACUGUAGCUGUAUAGUUUACUGUCAACUAAAUAAAAUUAAAACACGAGUCAUUAUCCCUUCCAAAGAUUCAUGAAAUUUUUGAACUAAAGCUAUCUUUUGAAGGAAAUCCACCUAAUAACUUUAGGAGGAUCAUGAAACUCAUUUCUCUUUUCCCUGGUAUAUGUGUAGAGAUCAAGCCUAUAAAACAUAUUUAUUUCCCCAACCUGUAACCAUAGCAUUCAUUUUUGUUGGAGAAACGUUGUAGCAUUUCAGGAGGGUAGAGAGAUCUGGAGAGUUUUGGUAUGUAAUGUGUGCCUGUACAAUACCCAUCAGCAUUAAAGUCUGAAAUCCACAAUGAAUGGCCUUCAAAUCGGUGUUAAAUUGGGUAGACACCCUACUGCUUCCUGAGUCCAUGAGCAUCAGAAAGUCUGGAUUUAGUGCAAUUAGGCAGGAGGGAGUUGGAUUCAGAAAGAGCUACACUAGUAUUCUGUGCACUCUCAGUUCAUGUCGACUUAGAUGGAAACGAUGCCACAGUGAGACCAGAAAGAAGGGUCUCCAUAAGAUAUUCCUACAAAGUCACCUUUCUGAUAAAAAAAGGAGGAAAGAAGUUAGAUAUCUAAAAUAAGCCUAGAAUCUCACAUGCAGUUACAACUUCUAAGUGAAACCCUUUCUCCCUCAUGUCCUUAAAUAGUCACAGAAUCUCACACAAGCUGACUUUUAAAGACAGGCUCGGCUACCAAGCUGGGAGUGGGAAGUGAAUCAACCCCAAAGACUCUUCUAGCCUGUCUCCCGACUCUUCCAGAAAGUGUUCUCCUGUUCCAUCUGCAGUGCUGUUUACUACUGGAACAUAAAACAAAACCUGUUGUUUGUACCAUCACUUUUUCUAGUGUUUCCUGUGCUUUUAUGAUACCAAGUCUGUUCAUAAGUUCUGAAGAUAAAUUAUGUGAAAUCAUAUUUUGGCAUAUGGGGGUGGAGAAUGAAUUCUUUACAAACUUUUUAAGAUGAUCUCAUUUGUACCACAGAAAAACAUUUUGAAUGUUGUUAUAUAUGAGUAUAUAAAUUUUUCUUGUUUUAUUUUGCAUUAAAAUAAAGCUUUAUUCAGUCA